CAAGCAUCUUAAUUUAUAUCUCAAUCAGGUCUUUCUGAUCCAUGUCUUUCUGACAAAAUGUCAGGUUUGAUGAAAGUAAUUUUAAAUGUCUUCGAAGAAAAUAGUGAUUAUCACCGGUGCCAAUCGUGGUAUAGGUUACGAGACAGCGUUAGCAUUUGCGAAAAGGAAAUUCAAAGUCAUUAUGGCCGACAAGGCUGACCAAAACAAAUCCCGUCGCAAAAUAUUCGAAGCAACUUCAAAUGAAGAUGUUAUAACGGAAUUUGUAGAUUUGGGUUCGUUUGAAUCGGUGAAAAAGUUUUCUGGCAAAAUGUUGAGUACCAUCGAUCGUUUAGAUGUAUUGGUAAACAACGCUGGCGUUUUCUGUAUGAAUAAACAAAAAACAGAAGACAACCUAGAUGCAGUAAUGCAAAUAAAUCAUUUGGGACCCUUUUUGUUAACUAAUCUUCUCGUUGAUUUGUUGAAGGAAUCUGCAGGUAGUAGAAUUAUUUUUGUCAGCUCUUCUGGCUGUUUCUUUCACAAUUUGAAUAUAAAGAAUUUGGAAAAACCUGAUUAUUACUGCCCUCAUUUCAUUUCUGGAGCAAUCCAUUAUUAUAAUACCAAAUUAUGCAACAUGAUAUCGGCGAAAGGUUUCGCACAUAAACUGAAAGAGUGGAAAGUCAUCUCUAACUGUCUACAUCCUGGAAUGACGAACACAAGUUUCCUAUUAUCAGGUGAUGAUUCUAGGGGUUGGGAUAUCCAAUUCAAGAAAAUCUUAUUGAAAUGUGUUACUAGAGAUGCACAAGAUGCUGCAGGACUGGUUGUUUUUUUAUCUUCUUCUGACGCAGUAAAAUCAAUUUCCGGAAAAUAUUUUGUGAAUUAUCAAGUUCACCAAGAGCCAAGGGCAAUGGAAGAUGCAUCUUUUUGCAGAGAUAUUUGGAAUGCAAGCGAAGAACUUAUUGGCCUGCGAAAAAAUAGUAGAGAUGGUUGUACAAAAUAAAUGUUGUUAAAGAUAAUAUAUUAUUCAACUGAAGACAUAUCAUUCCUUCUGAAGACAAGCUAAUUUUCUCACUGUGCUUUGUAAACAUUUUAAGUGUAUGGGGCAAUAAUAUGGAAAAUGGAGGCGAUAUUGAAUACUCGUUAGAGAUGAAAAAGACCUACUGCUUACUAACAUUUCGAUUUGCUUUCUAUACUGUGGAAAAAAUAUUGAUCACAUGAAAAUAUA